AUGACAGAAGGAACAGAGCUUGAUGAGAUUACCAGGUUUAAAGAGCGCAGUGAAGAUGACGAUGUAGAUGAGUUGCAAUGGGCUGCUGUGGAGAAACUGCAGAAACAAACACAUACAACACUGAAUUUAAUCCAUGAUCGUACUCAACACUCUGUCGAUGGAAGUAAAGAAUCAGCACAAGGUAAGAAAGGCGAGAUUCAUCACCUGGCCAUGCUUAAAUCUGCUCAAGAAAGGCGUGCAUUCAUCGACAAACUUCUCAAGAAAAUCGAGGAAGAUAACUACAAGUUGUUGCUGAAACAGAGGGAAAGAAUGGACAGAGUGGGUGUAGAGAUACCUACAGUAGAAAUUAGGUAUAAGAACUUAAGUGUAGAAGCAGAAUAUGAGGCUAAUCAACAGAAUCCUCUGCCUACACUAUGGAACACCUUCAAACAGGUUUUCAGCAGGAUAAGGAAAAAUAUAGGCAUCAAAUCUCAUGCAAUGAAGAUGUAUAUUCUACAAGAUUUGAGUGGAAUCAUCAGGCCUUCAAAGAUGACGCUGUUACUUGGGCCUCCUGGAUGUGGAAAAACCACUUUGCUGCUGGCACUUGCUGGAAAACUUGACAAAAGUCUCAAGGUCACUGCAGACAUAUCUUACAACGGGUACAAGUUUAAUGAGUUCGACUCUCAUAAAACGUCAGCUUAUAUAAGCCAAUAUGACCGGCAUAUUUCUGAAUUGACAGUAAGGGAAACCCUUGAUUUUGCAGCAAGAUGUCAGGGUGUUGGAGAUAGAGCAGAACGUAUGGCGGAGGUCACUAGAAGAGAGAAACAAGCUGGAAUUGUCCCAGAGCCUGACAUCGACACCUAUAUGAAGGCAACUUCCAUCAAAGGCUUAUCAAGGAACCUUCAGACUGACUACAUAUUGAAGAUACUUGGACUGGACAUUUGUGCUGAUACAAUUGUCGGAGAUGCAAUGCGAAGAGGAAUAUCAGGAGGUCAAAAGAAAAGGCUGACAACAGGGGAGAUGAUAAGUGGUCCAUCUAGAGUUCUGCUCAUGGAUGAAAUAUCAAAUGGCUUAGAUAGUUCAACCACCUUUCAGAUUGUUACUUGUCUUCAGCAAUUGGCAUACUUUGCAGGAUACACUAUUGUGGUGUCACUACUACAGCCAGCCCCAGAAACAUUUUGUCUCUUUGACGACAUAGUUUUGAUAGCUGAAGGAAAGACAGUAUACCAUGGGCCUAGAAAUAGUGUUUUAGACUUCUUUGAGGAGUGUGGGUUCAGAUGCCCUCCAAGGAAAGGCAUAGCUGACUUCCUUCAAGAAGUAGUUUCUGAGAAAGACCAAGCGCAGUACUGGCUCUACGAGGACAAACCUGCGACUUACAUUCCUCCAGAAGAGUUUGCUAGACAAUUUAAGAGAUUCCAUAUAGGAAAGAAGUUGGAUGAUGACCUAUCCCAGCCUAUCCAUAAAGCUGCGCCUGGUGAUAGUGCUUUGUCAUUUACCAAAGUCAGCUCCCCAAGGAAUUGGCAGAUAUUUAAGGCAUGCAUAGCUAGAGAAUGGCUACUUAUGAAGCGUAACUCAUUUCUUUAUGCAUUCAAAGCUGCACAGCUUAUGGUUGCAGCAUUCAUAACAAUGACAGUAUUUUUGCGCACACAGACAAAGAUUGAUGAUGCCGGUGCAAAUUACUUCCUCUCUUCCCUAUUUUAUUCUCUAAUCAGAAUGACCACCCAAGCUCUUCCAGAGCUGCCUAUGACUGUUUCUAGACUUUCCAUCUUCUACAAGCAAAGGGAUUCCUACUUUUACCCUGCAUGGGCUUAUUCCAUUCCAGCAGCCAUUCUAAAAGUUCCAUUUUCACUUCUAGAUGCUUUUAUUUGGUGUGCACUUACCUACUAUGUCAUAGGCUACAGUCCUGAACCAGAAAGGUUUUUCCGACAGUUAUUACUGAUGUUUAUACUAAAUCAAGUAUCAGUAGCAGCAUUCCGUCUGAUAGCUUCCAUUUAUCCCGAUCAAUCGCUUGCUACCUUCUUUGGUCUUUUCUACUUAAUAGCAAGUUUUUUAUUCUGCGGCUUCAUAGUGCCACGAUCCUCUUUACCGAAGUGGUUGGAGUGGGGCUUUUGGUUAUCUCCAUUAACUUAUGCAGAGCUUGGUAUUUCAGUGAAUGAAUUCCUAGCCCCAAGGUGGCAAAAGGUUUCAUAUUCAAAUGCUACGAUAGGGAAGCAACUCCUAAGAAACCAUGGACUAAACUACAGUGGAAGCAUAUAUUGGAACUCAGUUAUUGCACUCGUAGCAUUUGGGAUUUUCCUUAUAUCUGGAUUCACCUGUAUAUUGAGCUUUUCAAAAGCUCCCAGAAGAUCGAGGAGUGCUGUUCAACAUAAAAAUAUUUCUGGAAUAAGAUUGAAAACUAAAGGGGAUAAAGUACCUGAAGAAGAUAGAGGUUCUGUCACUGAUUCUAUCAAAGCUCCUGAAGGAGAGAAACAAAUGGUGAUGGCCUUACCUUUCAAGCCCAUGGCAGUGACAUUUGAGAACGUGCAAUAUUAUGUUGAUACCCCAAAGAAAAUGAGAGCGAAAGGUUUCGCAGAAAAAAAGCUGCAGCUCCUUCAAGACAUUACAGGAUCAUUUAGGCCUGGAAUUCUUACAGCUUUAAUGGGUGUUACUGGAGCUGGAAAAACGACCCUUUUAGAUGUUCUUUCUGGACGUAAAAGUAGUGGCAUCACUGAAGGAGACAUAAGGAUUGGAGGGUACCCAAAAAUCCAGAGUACUUAUGCAAGAAUAUCUGAUUACAGUACAAAUAUAUAUAUACACAUAUAUGCAACGUAUAUGACCAUCAUCUUCACUCAAAUCAUAAUAAUGGACCUCUUACCACCAUUACCAGACGUUUCCAUGACUUGCCACCAUUGUCUAUCAUCAUUAAUAGAGUUUGUCACUGAGGUUCUUCAAAUGAUUGAACUCGAAGAUAUUCAAGAUUCAAUAGUUGGGAUUCCUGGUGUAAGUGGGAUAUCAUUUGAACAGAGAAAACGAUUGACCAUAGCAGUAGAGCUUGUUUCAAAUCCAUCCAUAUUAUUCAUGGAUGAGCCAACUUCUGGACUAGAUGCAAGAGCAGCAGCAAUUGUCAUGCGAGUAGUAAAGAACAUUGUUAGAACCAAGAGGACGGUCGUGUGUACCAUUCAUCAACCAAGCAUAGACAUAUUUGAGGCAUUUGAUGAGCUAAUUCUAAUGAAGAGAGGAGGACAGAUAAUAUAUUCUGGAGAACUCGGUCAGCAUUCGAGUAAAUUAAUUGAAUAUUUUGAGAACAUUCCUGGAGUACCAAAAAUUCAGGAGAACUACAACCCUGCUACCUGGAUGCUUGAGGUUUCGAGUUUAACUGCAGAAGCACGACAUGAAAUCGACUUAAGCAAACUCUAUAAAGAAUCUUCCCUAUGUUGGAAAACCAAGGUACGGGCCAGAGAAUUGCACUCUCCAGGACGAGGUUCAGAAGAACUACAAUUUCCAACCCGUUUUAUGCAAAACGAAUGGGAACAGUUUAAAGCAUGCUUGUGGAAGCAGAACUUGUCCUAUUGGAGGAGUCCUAAAUAUAAUUUGGCACGUCUAACAUUCGUCACUGUGGCAUCUUUUCUACUAGGAGCUAUUCUAUGGGGAAAAGGAAAAGAAAUAAAUGACGAACAGGACUUGUACAAUAUAGUAGGAUCAUUGUUCAUCUUCCAACAGUUUCUGGGGAUAGGUAACUGCAAUUCUAUUCUAUCACUUAUAGCUACUGAGCGCAGCGUUGUAUACAGAGAAAGGUUUGCAGGAAUGUACUCUUCAUGGACUUAUUCAUUAGCACAGGUCAUUGUUGAAAUUCCAUACAUAUUUCUUCAAUCAUGUAUCUUCAUUAUAAUCACAUAUCCAGCAAUAGGCUUCUACUGGUCUGUCGCUAAAGGAUUUUGGUAUCUCUACACCAUGUUCUGUACAAUGCUCUAUUACACUUACAUUGGAAUGAUGUUUGUUUCUAUGACCCGAUCUUUCCAAGUGGCAUCUGUUACCUCAAGCUUCUUUAAUACCAUGACCGCACUUCUCUCAGGAUUUCUAAUUCCUGAACCUCAAAUGCCUAAGUGGUGGGUUUGGUGUUACUGGAUUUUGCCAACAUCCUGGUCCUUGAGAAGCUUUAUCACAACACAAUACGGAGAUGUAGACAAGGAAAUAGGAGUACUCGGGGAAAAAAAGGCAACCAAUGCCUUUUUAGAAAGUUAUUAUGGUUAUCGUAGCGGUGAUACAUGUCUUGUGGCGAUAGUUCUUGCUGCAUUUCCAUUUGCAUUUGCAUCACUGUUCAUAUACUUCUCUGCAAAACUCAACUUCCAGAGGAGAUAAGUAGAAGUGAAAACAUAAGACUGGAGUUGUAAUACAAAUUCAAGAUUAGCAUUUA